GUCAUCCAGAUCUCAUCACCUUCGUCCCCAUCACCGGCCCCCACGUUGAUGGCCUCUUGCCCGGCGCUGAAACCACUUCAGAUGUGCCUUUCCAUUUACACUCCCUUAUCCCGAUUAUCAUGGGCCAAACUGAAGCUGAAAUAAAACUUCUUCUAAUUUAGCCGAAGCUUGAUAUGAUCUUCGAUUUCUCCCACUGGAUUAUGAGGUUGGCUAGCCAGUUGGGUACCAAAUCCGCUCAUUACUGCACGGCCCCAACGGGGUUCCGACCAGGCUCAUCUAUCAAGCUCUGGCCGCAUGAGGCUCAAGCCUUCGCUAAAAGAAAGGUCCAAUGCAAUACACUAGCGUUCAGGACAUGUCAGGAAAUCAAAGGGCCUUACGUGUGGAAUACAUAUCUUGAAGACCAGUACAAGAAGUCGGUGCACCUCUGGACCAGUGAUAUAAAAAACACCAACCUUUGUCACAAAAAAUGGACAAAGUUGCUAGCAAGGUUCAACACUGGCUCGGUUAUAUACUGUGUAUUUGGAAGCGAAUGCACCCAAAGCAAAGAUCAGUUUCAAGAACUGCUGCUGCGUCUGGAGCUUACAGGUAGGGCGUAACGUAUCCUCUAUUAGAACUUAAAACAGAGACAGGGGGGAAUAUUACCGAAGUAGUUUUCAUAGAUUUAGUGAGCUGUGUGCUGUACAAAUAUAUACAGGGAGCAUAU